GGAGCGGUGGUCGGUGAUAGAAUCUCUGUUUUUGGAAAAGACUAAUGAUCACAGCUGGACUGUCACACACCUUGCGAUUGCACCGGUGGACUGUCACACAUCCUGUGGUUACACAGCUGGACUGUCACACACCUUGCGAUUACAUUGCUGGAUUGUUACAUAUCCUGUGCUUACACGGCUGGACUGUCACACUCCUUGUGAUUACAUUGCUGAACUGUCACAUAUCCUGUGAUUACACAGUUGGACUGUCACACACCUUGCGAUUGCACCACUGGACUGUCACAUAUCCUGUGAUUACAUAGCUGGACUGUCACACUCCUUGUGAUUACAUUGCUGGACUGUCACAUAUCCUGUGAUUACACUGCUGGACUGUCACACUCCUUGUGAUUACAUUGCUGGACUGUCACACUCCUUGUGGUUACACUGCUGGACUAUCACACAGCUGGUAAAUACACAGCUAGAUUCACACACAGCUGGUGAUGACACAUCGUGACACAUGGACCUGGUGAUGACACAGCUGGUGAUGACACAUCGUGACACAUGGACCUGGUGACCACACAGCUGGUGAUGACACAUUGUGACACAUGGACGUGGUGAUCACUCAGCUGGUGAUGACACAUCGUGACACAUGGGCCUGGUGAUCACACAGCUGGUGAUGACACAUCGUGACACAUGGACCUGGUGAUGAUACAGCUGGUGAUGACACAUCGUGACACAUGGACCUGGUGAUCACUCAGCUGGUGAUGACACAUCGUGACACAUGGACCUGGUGAUGACACAUCGUGACACAUGGACCUGGUGAUGACACAUCGUGACACAUGGACCUGGUGAUGACACAUCAUGACACAUGGACCUGGUGAUGACACAUCGUGACACAUGGACCUGGUGAUCACACAGCUGGUCAGGGCAAGGCAGUGCAUGGCUGCAGGAGAGGGCAGAGGAUGAUGGGAAGUACAGAACUACUUGUGUCUGCUCUGUUCAGGAAGUUUCUCACAAUAAUGGUCAAACAUGUGCAUACAAUAGUCAUCAUUAAUAAUGUGUUUGAAAGAUGAAAGCAUUUAAAAAUGAAUUUUGUGACUGUGGAUUGUUGAAGACAAGGUGUGUGUGAGAAGAGUGUGCCAUGGCCCAGGAUAUAAUCCACCUGAAUGUGGGAGGAUGUAUUUACAUGACCACAAAGUUAACCUUGACACGAUAUCCAGAUUCCAUGAUAGGAGCCAUGUUCAGCGGAGCUUUCCCCACCUCAAAGGACUCCAAUGGCAACUACUUCAUUGACAGAGAUGGUAGUAUUUUCAGGUACGUUCUGAACUUUCUGCGUUCUUCACGUCUGUCUCUGCCGGCUGAUUUUAAGGACCUUGACCUGCUGCUGACCGAGGCCGACUUUUACCAAAUACAACCGCUGCUGAGAGAGGUGAAGAGACUCAAGUCUGAGCAGGACAGGAAAUACUUGAGGUGUGGACAUUUCAUUGAGGUGAUUGAAGUUCGUGUGGGCUCAAUGGCCACAAUUCCCACGAAGAACGCACGAGUGAAGACUGUGGUGUCUGGCCAGGCCCGCGUGUUGUUGUCCUUGCCUACAUUGAUUAUCGGGGAGGAGGGUAAGGAGAAACUGCUGAAGAAGAGUGGGACAGAGUUCAUGGAGCUGGAGCUGAAUGGUUGUAACACCCGCUUACAGCUGGGCGAGUAUCUGCAUGCCACAGGCUGGAGUCUGGACAACUCAAAAAUGUCGUCUUCAUCUGGCUGUGAUACAAAGUCUCUAAUGAGCAACCUGAUGAUAGAGCAGAGUCACCGUGACCGCUGGUUCCUGGCUGUGCACUCAGCGACUACAGUGACCAUGGAGGCACAGCAUGGGGCUGAACCCUACGCACUGUCACAGCAGAAUGGGCUGCACUGUGACAUAGAAUAGUCACCUGGCUGUGUACUCAGUGACACAGAGAGGUCACCUAGCUGUUCACUCAGUGACCAUGGAGGCACAGCAUGGGGCUGAACCCUACGCACUGUCAUAGCAGAAUGGGCUGCACUGUGACAUAGAAUAGUCACCUGGCUGUGUACUCAGUGACACAGAGAGGUCACCUAGCUGUUCACUCAGUGACCAUGGAGGCACAGA